GGAACAGGAUUAGCGCAGGGAGAAACAGGAGUCCUCCAAGAAGACCAUAGAAGGGAGGAAGUGGCGGCCUGACAAGCCAUCGCGCGAGGGCCCGCUCUGGCCCGGCAGAUGCGGGGCGGAAGCGGUGAAGCCGGCGGGGUUGCCCGGAGAAGGGCAGGCGGCGGCCGCAGCGACAGGUGCUGCCCGCGGUGGGUGGAUGGGUCAAUGGUUGUGGGGCCGGGGAGGAUGCUGCGGCUGCUGGCGGGGCUGCUGGCGGCGGCCCUGGCGGCGCUGCUCCUGGACUGGUACGGCCAAGCGGGGCCUCAGCGUCUGAGCCGGCGCCGCUCCUUCGCUCGGGAGCCGGUCCCCGGGGCAGAGGCCACCAACCUCUUCUGGGUGGUGCAGGUAUCAGACAUUCACAUCAGUAGGUUUCGGGAUCCCAAACGAGUUCCUGACUUUGAAAAGUUCUGUUCUGAAACAAUUGAUAUAAUUCAACCAGUGCUUGUUUUAGUGACAGGUGAUUUGACAGAUGCCAAAACAAAAGAUAAACUGGGCUCUGAGCAGAUUGAGGUAGAGUGGCAGACUUACCAGUUGAUCCUGAAGAGAUCGAGAGUCAUGGAGAAAACCAAGUGGAUAGACAUCAAAGGGAAUCAUGAUUCAUUCAACAUUCCACACUUGGACAGCAUCCAAAAUUACUACAGGAAGUACUCUGCCUGGCAUAAGGAUGGCUCUUUCCAUUACGUGCAUAGGACGCCUUUUGGAAACUAUUCCUUCAUCUGUGUGGAUGCCACCCUCAGCCCAGGCCCCAAGAGACCAUACAAUUUCUUUGGGAUUCUAAACAUGAGUCAAAUGGAAGAGCUGUCUUCCUUGGCCACAGAAAGUCAUCAUAGCAACCAGACCAUCUGGUUUGGCCAUUACCCCACUUCAACAAUCAUCUCCCCGUCCUCGGGAGUACGAAUGGUAAUGAGCUCUGCCACAGCCUAUUUGUGUGGACACCUCCAUACAUUGGGUGGACUGAUGCCAGUCCUGCAUAGUCGGCACCCUCAGGGCACUCUGGAACUGGAGCUGGGAGACUGGAUGGAAAAUAGGAAGUACCGGAUCCUUGCAUUUGAUCAUGACCUCCUUAGCUUUGCAGAUCUGAACUUUGAGGAGUGGCCAGCUGUUCUCAUCACCAACCCCAAAUCGUUACUUUAUAGCAGCUCUACUCAUGAACCACUAGUGAAAAUUCUUCACUCCACCCACAUCAGAAUUUUGGUCUUCUCUCCUUCUUUCAUCACCUCUGUGAAGGUCAGUAUUGAUGGAAUUCAUUUGGGGGAUGCUCGUCAUGUGUCUGGUCCUCUCUACGUACUGAAGUGGAACCCUCAAAACUACAGUGAAGGGUUACAUCACAUAGAUGUAACUGUCCAGGAUGCCAUUGGGAAGAGCAGCACUCAAGGUCAUACAUUCGCUGUGAACGAAAACCUCUCUCUUAGAUUUGGCUUCUUGUCAUCUCUCAUUCUCCUUACAGACCACUACAUCCUGACUCGAGUACUGUUUGGGCUGACUGUUCUGGUUCAGAUCACCUUGCUCCUUAUUUUCAGGUAUCUUAAAAAGCCAACACUCAGAGAACCUCCAGGAUUAGUAAUGCUGACUUCCUUUUCACUUCACGUCUUGAGCAAAACAAACACCUUCUAUUACUCUGUUCUGAUACUGAGUUUGUAUACAGCUCUGGGACCUUGGUUUAUUGGCGAGGUGAUAGACGGUCAGGUGGGCACCUGUUUUUCCUUUGGAGUAAUUGUUGGUGGACAUUUCCUGCAAGGCGGCUUGACAUUCGUGGUUGGAAUUUCACAGAUGAUAUUUUUUAACUUGCCUUUGAUGGCUUACCUGUGCUGGUGCCUGUUGCUACGAUGCCAGGGGCAUAGCUUCUGCUCUCAUAUCCGUCAUGUCAGGCACUUCCUGGCUGUACCAAUCCACCUAACCAUGCUGCUCCUGCUGGCCUGGCAAGUCUAUUCCUGUUACUUUCUGCAACGGACCUAUGGAACUCUGGCUUUCUUCCUCUCCCCAAUGAAGACCUGGUUGGUGGUGCUGACUCUAGUUCUGAUCCAUAAAACCUGGACACUGAGCUCUUCUGAGCUGAGAACUUACAUAGUGGAAAUGAAAAACUGUCAGAGCUCUUGAUGCCUGAUGAAGGUAUUCAAAGUUCUUUGGAGUUAAGCUGUGAACUGCAGGUUUGUAUGGCUGCAUUUCAGUACAGCCCAAGCAAUUAAAUGGUAAAAUCUGAAGCUGUCCCUGAAUUGCUUCAGAACUUUGUGGUAAUGGGGUUUUCUGUGGUACAGAAUGGACCUGUGUAUUUGACAGAUGGAAUUAUUUCCUGAUUACUGAAUGAAAAAAAUGUUUUAAUUAAAAUCCUAAUUUUGUAACAUUGGAAAAAUUCAAGAUUGGAUCUUUAUAAUGCAUUAUUGGAACUGUGCUGCUAUUUAUUUAUUUAUUUAUUUCAGUGUUUACACAUGGGUCUACAAAACCACUCCGUGUGAUUGGAUGUCAUUAAGGACAGUAUUGACCAUAACAAAGGUCUGCAACCGUGGCCUUCACACUAGGUGUCACUGUGGUUUGUGCUAAAAACACUUCUUGACGUGUAUAACGCUGUAAUGUAUAUCAGCAACUCAAAAUCUAAUUGUAAUGUGUGUGUGUGUGUGUGUGUCUAAGUCCUGCUCUAUUCUUCUUCUUCAGACAGUGCUACAGAGAGGCAGUGUGCUCUGUCUUUGCCUUUCCUCUCCCAACAGUGACCCAAACCUGACUAGUGAAAGAGCUGGGUUGAUUGGUGUUAAAGGGAGGCUCUGUGAUGGUGUGGGGAAUCACAGCAUAGAAGAACAGAGGUAGGAUUCUUCAGGGAUGAAAGAUCUAAGUGGAGCAGUGUGGGCCAAUGACUAGGGCACAGGAGUGGGAGUCAGGAAACUGGUUAUGUGACCUGCUGUGUGAUCCAGGGUAAGUCGUUGAACUUUACUGUUCAGUUUCUCCAGCUGGUGGAUAUAAUACACUUUGAGGUUUAUGGAUUAAAACUAUGAAGUGUUUCAUAUUUAUAAACUAUUCUUUCCCUCCUCCAUCCCUUCUGGAAUCAGAAAGAGGAAUAGUGUAGGUACAGGAUUAGAACUGGGAAGUCCCUAAUGCUAAUCUCAUCUGUGACUCUUUGGAUAUGUGUUUACACUUCCACCUGGAGAUGUCAUUCCCAGCUCAGGGAGCCAUUCUAGUGCUCUCUCUUAUUGAGCUAGUGCACUUAAAAACAGAACAUAGCUGCAGUGGUGUGAGCAGUGGCUGGGGCUACCCUCUCUGGUUUUAAGCGUGCUAACUCGCAUUGAGCUAGCAUGGUAUGUCUCCACAAACUUAGAAUUACAUCCCCAGCUCGAAGUGUAGACAGACUCUUUGUUUAUGUCUUUGGACAGCCACUGUGCUGCUGCAUGUCAGUUUUCUCUAUCUUUAAAGUAGAGAGAAUACUUACAUGGGGCUGUUUUGAGAUGCAAAAUUUAAGUAACUUGAACACGCUAACUAGUAAGAGCACAGAUCUCAUCUACACAGGUGUUGUGAAGUUUUUUGCUUGUGUACACUAAAGAAUCUCCUAAUUCAAACAAAAAAAAGGAGUAAAUGAAGUAGAAUGUAUAGAAAAAUUAUUAAUAGAAUUUGGAGAAAAACACUUUUUAAAAAAACAUGGAAUGGUUAUUUCUAAAACUUGACACUUUUCUGUCUUUUAAUGUUUUUCUCAAUGACUGGCAUUACCAAGGGGAGGGAGAAGGUAAUAUAAGGAAAUCUGAGGAAUCAGUUGUACAUGUGAAACGUGGUGUUUUGCACACAGUUUACAGCAUACUUUCCACAACUUACCACAACUCACCAGUACUGCUGUGUAAACCAGCCACCAAAAUUAAGAAAGUUUACAAGUCCAGACACAAAAAACUUACCUACCAUGAGGAGUAAUGAAAAUCUAAUGAUCUUUUUACUCAUUGUGCAAAGCCACGCAACUAUACUUUUAUUAUCAGAUUAGGGAGAACAGGAAGUAGUGGUAUGACAUUUCUGCUCUAUAUCCUGUGGCAAGACUCUGCUCUGAGUUGACCCUGCUUUUAUUUUCAUUACAACGCAAUAAAACCUUUAUAGAUUCAA